AUGGAAGAUGGGCAUUUGCUCCCCCAGCAUAAAUCACUUUCUACCUCUGGCAGUAGAGCUGCCUUCAUCUUAGGGGGUCUCCUACAAAUCCUCUCCAGACAUGCCAGAACGCAUAAGGUGAACUACUGGGUUUUUCCAUACAAUGGAAGUGGUCAUACUCAUGCCCCCACAGUUGUUUAUCCCAGUGAGAUGGAUGGUGUACCAAAGAUUUCUAUACCUACUUUUGCAAUGGCUUCGUAUAAGUUAAAGGGAUCUAUUUGGAUGAAAAAAGGAGUGGUUGAGACUCAACAAGUGAGUUCCCUUUUGCAGGCUGCCGAUAACUGGUUAAGGCUAGUUCAGGUUAAUCACCCGGAUUUUCAGUUCUUUAAAUCACAUGCAGUACAAAAUAUGAAGCCGAUAUCGAGCAAUGAGUUCGUAGAAAUUGCUAAAGUGGAAAAGAAAAAGAAAAAGAAAAAUUGCCUUAUACGCAGGGAAAACUAUCAGAUAAGUGGCGAAUCAAAAUGGAUGAAAUACUAUGAUUUUGCUGUGUUACGUAAGCCCAAUUUUGGCACUAUAUCUGGUGAUCAUGAUGUUGCUCUGAUGAUGGGAGAAAUGGUAGUAGAGCUUCAGGGAAAUAGAAUUCAAUGCAGUGAAGUGUAUGAUAUGCUCGAACAUGGUUUUGUUCGGAAUUCCAGCCAUGGUUUUGGAUACAAGAAGAGAUAA